AUGAUGCUGGGUUCCUGCUUAUUUCCUUGUAUACUGGCAGAUACCAGAAGAUUUGAGAGAUUGAAGAAAUUGGAGGUCUUAGAUCUCGGUUCUAAUUACAUAAGCAGAGGCAUCUUACCAUAUUUGGGUGCUCUCACAUCUCUGAAGUCCUUAUCUCUUAGAAUUAAUAGAUUGGAAGGAGCCUUUCCUGCACAAGGUAUGGCUAGAUGGAGCAAGCUUGAGGUUCUAGACCUUUCGGGUAACAACUUCAAUACAAGUAUCCUGUCAUCUUUGGGGGCUCUCACAUCCCUUAAGACUCUGUCUCUACGUGGUAAUAGAAUGGAAGGAUCCUCGCCUACCAGAGAAUUAGCUACUUUGAUCAACUUGGAAGUCCUAGACUUGUCUGCUAAUGUGCUCAAUGGCUCCUUACCCUUCCAAGAAUUGGCAACUCUAAGCAAUUUGGAGAUCCUAGAUUUGAGCUACAAUAGUUUUGUUGGAACUCCAUCCAUUGGGGCAUGUACUUCUUUGAAGGCUUUAUCUUUUGGUAGUAAUAUGCUCAAUGGCUCCCUACCAAUCCAAGGCUUGUGUGAGUUGAAGAACCUCCAACAGUUGGAUCUUAGUGAUAACAAAUUUGAAGGAAUCCUUCCUCAAUGUCUCAAAAGUUUGACCUCCCUUAAAGUGCUAGAUCUCUCUAAGAAUCAGUUCAAUGGAAACUUUCCUUCAACCGUCUUAACCAGCCUUACAUCUCUAGAAUAUAUUGCACUCAGUCAUAAUCAUUUUGAGGGUACAUUCUUAUUCAGCUCAUUUUCCAAUCAUUCCAAGCUUCAGGUAGUUGAAGUUAUAUGUGAUGGGAAUAGGUUGGACGUUGAAACCGAAUAUCCACCUUGGAUCCCUAUCUUUCAGUUGAAGGCUCUCACCUUAGAGAACUGUAACCUGAACAAGCACACCAGUUCCUUUCCCAACUUUCUCUCUAACCAGUUUGACUUGAGAACAGUUGACCUUUCUAAUAACAACUUGAAGGGAAAGUUCCCCAAUUGGUUGCUCAAGAACAAUGAGGAGUUGCAAGACCUAAAUUUGAGAAACAAUUCAUUGACAGGCCAUUUCUUGCUACCAUCCUGUUUGAAGAGCAUAUUCUGGAUCGAUUUAUCAAAUAAUCACAUUCAUGGACAGAUUCAGGAAAACCUUGGUCAGAUUCUCCCUUACUUAUGGACCCUGAACUUAUCAAUAAAUUCUCUUGAAGGUAGGAUUCCUUCCUCAAUUGGUGAUAUGAGAAUGAUGACUCAUUUAGAUCUGUCAGGUAAUAACUUCUCUGGAGAAAUACCAAGACACUUGACCAUGGGCUGCCUUGAAUUGAAAGUUUUGAAACUAUCAAACAAUAGAUUGGAUGGGCAAAUAUUUCCAACACAUUUUAACUUGCCUUUGUUAAGCCCAUUGCAUCUCAAUAACAAUCAUUCCUCAGGGAAUGUCUUGAAGGGAUUUCCUAACUGCUCUCAACUAAAAAUAUUGGACAUUGGCAACAACCACAUUUCAGGUAGGAUUCCUAGUUGGAUAGGUAACUUUACAAGUUUGAGUAUACUCAUCAUGCAAGAUAACCUUUUCAAAGGCCAAAUCCCCAUUGAACUCUGUAAACUAGUACAGAUCAACUUCUUGGACCUCUCAGGGAACUACCUUUCAGGAUCUAUUCCGUCUUGCUUGAACAUGUCACAUGUAAAGCAGGUACAUUUGCAAGGAAAUGGGUUUACAGGAUCACUACCAAAUGAUUUUCUAACAAAUUCCUCUCUAAUCAUGACUUUAGACAUUAGAGAUAACUACUUGACUGGUAACCUUCCUAACUCCAUUGGUGCACUUUCUUAUUUGAGAGUUCUCUUGCUGAAAGGAAAUAAUUUACAUGGUCCAAUUCCUCGUCACUUGUGUCAAUUGAAAAAUAGAAGCAUAAUGGACCUAUCCCAUAACAUCUUUUCUGGAUCAAUACCCCCUUGUCUUGGAAACAUCUCAUUUGGAAGGAUAAGGGCCAUGGAGCAUGUAUUUAAGCAAGAGAUUGUAUCUUAUGGGUCUAUUAACAUCUAUUAUAUAUAUGAAAAUCGUCUAGGGUCAAAUGUCCAUGAAAAUAACAUUGAAAGAUAUGUUGAAUAUGAGGAUGCAGCAGAAGUGGAGUUCAUAACAAAGAAUAGAUUGAGUUCUUACAAAGGUGAUAUUCUUAACUUCAUGUCUGGGUUGGAUCUAUCCUACAAUCACUUAACAGGUGAAAUCCCAAAUGAGAUAGGAUGUUUAAGUGGUAUCCAUGCUUUAAACUUGUCUCAUAAUCAUUUAACUGGUCCAAUCCCAAAAUCUCUGUCAAACCUUAAGAGACUAGAGAGCUUGGAUCUUUCCCACAACAGACUGAGUGGAAGAAUUCCUUCAGAAUUGAUUGAGCUAUAUGAUUUGGAGGUCUUCACUGUCGCUUGUAACAACUUAUCAGGGAAAACACCAGAGACAAAGUUCCAGUUUGGGACAUUUGACAACACCAGCUAUGAGGGAAACCCUGGUCUUUGUGGACUACCUUUACAGAAAGAAUGCACCACCAAUGUGGAACAGGGGCCUGCAUCAACAAGAUUUCCAUCUCUGAAUGAGCUUGAGAACAAGUAUGAUAUCGACCUCCUCGUUUUCUGUUCAAGCUUUAUGGCUUCAUACAUCAUUUUCUUUUUGGGGAUUGCAGCUCUUCUCUACAUCAAUCCCUAUUGGCGAAGAACAUGGUAUGAGCCUGUGCUGAUCACUGAAGCAAGGCACUCGAAGAAAUUCCAGGAUUCAUCUAAACAAGCGUCUUUAGACAGCUAUGUUGCCAUUAGUUUAACAGCUCUUCAUUGUUUUGGUGAAAUGCUUGAAUUGCUCCUUCAGUUCAAUCAGUUUACUGACAUGGUUGGGGACAAUCUUUGUAUAGGAAUUCAUAAGAAUGGAUCCUAA